AUGCCUAAGGUCCCACCUACUGCCCGAAGGCCCCCCAUGCCCGCUCGAGUACUUCGACCACAGGCAGGGACAGGCGUGUCGUCCGCGCACAUGGCCCGCCCUCAGCCAACCCCAGCAGGUCGUCCUCAUCCCUACGCCUCCCAGAGCACACAAACAAACACUAUGCCGACGAUCGGACUGGCCACGAAGCUGAAGCCACAGGAGGUCAAUCAAGAAUUCGAGAUCGUCCAUGCGAACUGCACCAAGGUGAUCCGGACCGCCAAUGAGCGCCAGCAGCAGCUAAGGUCGCGUUUCGCGGAGCAACAGCAAGCGGCGUCGGAUGCGGCGCAGCAGUUCAGGGUCGAACGUGGCCAGCUACAAACAACGAUCCGGCAGAUAGGCUUGGAGAAGCAGAAAGGAGUCGAGGAGCUCCGCGAGGCGAAAGAGAAGAUCACCAGCCUGCAGCAGCAGCUGGAUGUGGUCAACAUCGAUGUGCGCAAUCGGAUCACGCGCGACGAACUCCAUCGGAUCCUUCGAGAGAUUCAUACUAGUAUGGUAUCUGCGACGGACAAAGUGGUCAAGACAAUGAGCGAGUCGGAGAAGGUGAACUUGGACUCUAACUUGCCUUUCCAGGGGUUCACUCAGGAUUUCUGGGCCGAGCAGGUGGAGCAGCUUGAUCUGCCCGACGAGCUCCUCUUCUCAACGAAUGUGGACAUGUCCACUUCGGUCAAUCCACAAGAAGUGUCGCAAUCCGAUCAAUAUGCGCCUGUACCUUAG